AUGGCUCCCAAGGUUCUCAUCGUUCUCACCUCCGUCGACAAGACUGAGAAGUCUGGCAAGCCCAUCGGCUGGUACUUGCCCGAGCUCGCCCACCCGUUCGAUGUUCUCAAGGAGGCCGGCGUCGAGAUGACAUUCGCCUCUCCCAAGGGCGGUGUCGCGCCCCUCGACCAGGCCUCUGUCGAGAUGUUCGCCAGCGACCCCUCCUCCAAGAACUUCCUCGAGAACCACAAGGCCAUCUGGGAAAACACCGAGAAGCUCUCCAACUUUGUCGGCCGCGCUUCCGAGUUUGACGCUAUUUUCUACCCCGGUGGCCACGGCCCCAUGUACGACCUCGCCUUCGACGCAACCUCUCACGCCCUCAUCGCCGAGUUCGCUGCCCAAAACAAGCCCGUCGCCUCAGUCUGCCACGGCCCCGCCGCCAUCGUCAACGCCAAGCUCAACGACGGCACCUACCUCGUCGCCGGCAAGACCGUCACCGGCUUCUCUAACACCGAGGAGGACCAGGCCGGCUUCACCCCCGAGAUGAACUUCAUGCUCGAGGACCGCCUCAAAAAGAACGGCGGCAAGUACGAGCUCGCCGCCGAACCCUGGGGCGAAAAGGUAGUCGUGGACGGCAUCGUCAUUACUGGUCAGAACCCGGCCUCCGCUCACGGCGUCGGCAAGGCCAUUGCCAAGGCUCUUGGCUUGUAA